AUGGCAACUAUACAGAAGAAGACUGUCCUGAUCACAGGCUGCAGCGCCGGCGGCAUUGGCUGGGCUAUGGCCAAGAUCUUUCACGAGCGCGGUUUUCACGUCUUUGCUACCGUUCGCGAUCGCUCUAAGGCCGCAGAUCUCUCGGAGCUAAGCAACGUGGAUGUACUCGAACUAGACGUCACCAUAGCGGAGACCAUCUCGCAGUGUAAGGACACGGUCGCGAAGCGCACGGGCGGAAAGCUCGACAUCCUGGUCAACAACGCCGGGGUCGAGUCUGUCUGCCCGCUGCUGGAGGUAGACGUCGUGGAGGCGAAGAGGCAGUACGAUGUCAACGUCUGGGGGCCGCUUGCGAUGGUCCAGGCGUUUGCUCCCCUGCUUAUCGAGGCUAAGGGCGUCGUCUCCAACCACAGCUCCGUUGACGCAGUCCUGUCCAUGGUGUGGUCGGGCAUCUACUCCAGUUCCAAGGCAGCCGAAGCACGUAUGUCGGAAAUCCUACGGCUCGAGCUGGAGCCGCUGGGGGUGCGCGUUGUAACUGCCAUGUGCGGGUCCGCCAACACGCCCAUUUUCGACAAGCCCGGCGGUCAGAUGAAACUGCCCGAGACUUCGUAUUAUUACAACGUCCAGGACGCGGCGACUAAGGAGCGAAUGGACCACAAGGGUAAGGCCAUGAAAGUUGAAGUUCUCGCCGACAAGCUGGUCAAGGAGAUUCUUGGCGGGGCCAAGGGGCCGGUCUGGCAUGGAGCAUUUGCUCCACUUGUGCGAUUCGCAACCUGGGCGUUUCCCAGGUGGUAUCUCGACAAGUUGGUCAACGCGGAACGGGGCUUGGACCAAGUCAAACGCCGCUAG